CAUAAAAGUCACGCCCAAAAACAGAGACGCAAAGCCGUGCCGAGCGCCCGAAGCGAGUUGAUCUGUAUCAGGUUGAAUUGUCGCUGACUGACGAUGCCGAAGAACAGCCCACGUCUUUUUGUAACUUGAAAAGUGAACAUAGUUACAAACAUGGGGAUCAGGUGUCUGAUCAGAACCACAACAUACCAGCUGCUGGGCAUCAGCUUCAUCGUUAUGCUCCUUGGAGUUGCAGUUGCUGCAGUUACCUUAUGGACCUGCUUCAAUGACAAACUUUAUGUUAUCCGCAAUGUCACAAUUGAAUCAAACCAAUAUGCUAAAAUGCAUGAUCUAGCUGUGCAGAGUGGAUUGUCCGUCAGCGCCUUUCUCAUUCUCCUGGGAAUCGUCUGCCUGAUUGGAAUCAUGAGGGAAUCUGAACUCUUGCUCAGUGUGGUGCUGAUUGGUUUUGCUGUUCUAUUCUGUGCAGUGGUACAGCUGGCAUAUUGGAAGUAUGCCUAUAAACAAGCGGUGGAGGAUGCAGCAAAGGAUGUGUACGACUUUCUAUAUGCUUAUUAUUUGAGAAACGUCUCCUAUACUUCAAAACAGGAUUUAAUAAACAUUCACUCCGCUUUUUCUUGCUGUGGAAAAAUCUCAGCAUUCAGCUACAACAGUAAGGUUGAGAAUGAAACGUGCUUUCCAGAUCGUGGACCUCUAAAGGUUUAUGGAAUGAUCCUGACUGCCUUCUUCUGUUUUGCUGCUUGCUUGAUCCAGAUUUGGAAGAAGAAAGGGAAGUACAGAGUAUGCAGGAAGCAUUGAAUACUGGGCUGGAAUCUGAAAAUAGGAGCCUGUAAAUUGAUCAUGGUAACAACUGUGAAAGAUACUAUCUCUCAGGGGCUUGAUUCCCUUUACCCUAGAGCAUGUUGUGAUUUUAUUCUGAGGCAAUGUGUUUACUUCACACUGAUUUGUUGCUAGCAAGCCCAGUGGGGUUCCCCUGCCUCCCUAUUGUACUCUGCCUACAAAUUCUACUUUCAAUGAAUGUAUCGCUUCAUGCUAUUGUUAAUCUGAAAGUGAAAUACUGUGAUUUAGUCAAUUUCAUUGACAUUCUAUUUCAAAGAAAUGGCUUCAAAAAUUAAAAUUUUAAAAACUCCCCAAAUUCCUGACCACAUUCUAGCAAUUUUAUUAUAUAUCAAUGAAUCUUAAUUUUAAAGAGCACUUGCUUCAAUAACUGUUCUGUUUUAAGGGCUAGCCUGGAAUGUUUGAUUUUCAUAACUGCUGGGAUUGUACUGUUGUUGCUUCUUCAGGUUGGUAUCUGAACAAAUUAAGUUCACUUCCAUUUUGACAUUAAGUCACCUUGCUCUCAUUCUCACUAACCUUCCCAUCAUAGUGCCUUAAUCAAAUACCAACCCCCAACCCCAUCUCAUUUAACCUAUAUAUGGGUGGCUCAGAGUCCCAGCAGCAAGUGCAGCUGCCUCUCAGCUCCAGCGUCCAGGGCCCAGUCCCAAUCUUUGGUGCUGACGAGGUGUAGCGUUUGCACACUCUCCUUAAUACUGCGUAUGCUUCACUCGGGGGCCCCAGUUUCCACCCACGUUGCUGCACAUUAGCCGCUAUAAAUUGUUCCUUCUACUGGUGGACGGCAGGAGAUGCAAAAGGUGGUUCAUGGUUAUGGGAGGGAGAAUAGAGCACAAAAUAACCAGGGGAAUGGGAUUGUUGGAAAGUUCUGUGUGCAGACAUAGAUCCAAUGGGUUAAAUGUCCUCCUUCGAUGUAACAAAAUACAAAUACAAAUAAGAUGCCGCCCUCAGAUGAUGUGGGCAUCACACCAAGCAGUCAUGUUCCUCUUCUCCUAAUUGAUUGGAGCUCUUGUUUCACACCAUUCCCUCCCCCACAGCAAUCUACAAAUUGACAGUACUCCUGACCUCAGUGUUAGAUCCUUUCCAUUCCAAAAUUAAAAUGUUUCACUGUUUGGUACCCUCUGGGUGACUCUCACACACAGGCAGCGAGAUGACAUGAUUGACAGAUGAAUAGCCCCAAUGUUUAGUAAACAAUACAGCUUCUGUGCAACGCUGCCUCCACCAUUGAAAGGAUGAAUUAUGCAAUGUUUUCAGUGCCUUCAGAUGGUCUUUGCUGCAGUGAGAGUCUGUUUGUUACACUCAAAUACUUGGUACUAACAUCUUCCAUCUUGUUGGCAAUGGCUCAGUGGGUCAGUAAUCCAGCUGAUGUGGUACUGAGCUGCACAGGCCCCGAAACUUCUGAACUUAAUUGUCGCCUUGUACUGUUGGCUGAGUAGAGAUGAGGACAACAGCUGUGGUGGUAUUGUUGACCACAACUCACUGCACUUGCGCAGCUAAAAUUGGAUAAGUUUCCUGAAUGUACUUGUCAUCCAAUGACACCUGCACCAUAUGUGCUUGUAAAAAUUACAGGUGCAUGUUGCCUGUGGAAAUUUCUAUCGCCGCUGAAAGAGAGAUCGUGUACUUAAGGGCUGCAACUUACUAAACACAUCAAGCCAACAGUAAUAAUAAUUGUGCAUUUAUACAUAUUGUCCAUUUAAAGUAUAAUAUAGACCAUGAUUCUCAUAGAAUCCAAGCUGUGGUCAAUAUUAAAGUGAGGAAAGAAAUUAAUUUAACACACUGUUCAGAAGUCAUCUAUGAAGCCCUCUGAAGAGCUCACUGGUGUGGAGCUAGAUUACAUAUCCUCCUGCAGUGUGAGGCUUUAAGUACAGCUUACAUAUUGAGAGAGAGAUAAGCGUGCUUCUGGUGAGCUGAGGUUAAUGUUAAUUAAUGUAGGAUGAUGGAAACCAUUUUUUCAGUGCUCCAUAAGUUAGAAGAAUAAAAACUGAUGAGAUGUAAAGGCCCACGUGGUCUUAUUGAAUUCAGCGCAAUAUCAAAUCGUUCCCAAUCCUGCUUGAGUAGAAUCACAUGGACUGGUAAAAUACCAAAGCACUGUUAUACUUACUGCCUGUUACACUGCUGGUGUUUAGGGCAGCAACGAAGGUCCUCCAUCUCUGUCUGUCCUUCCCAUCGCCCACCGAUGUAGAAGGGUUUUUUCAGUGCUGUAUCCAUAACAAUUUAUUUUUUGACCAGUCACGGUUGCUAGCCCUACCCCCCGCCCCACCGAACCCGGAGGACUGUUGGACUACUCUUAGUGGCCUCUACCCCUUGACCUGUUUGGCAUGGGUGACCCUGCCAAGAGCCAAAGCACAAGGCCUUGACUCUCUGGGUCUCUGGGUCAUUGAUGCCCGCAAGCCACCAAACCCUACGGUAAAGUUGUGGUUCUCUUGGAGGAUUGUUAUACAACCAAGGAAUAAAUGGAGAGACAGAAAUAAACAGGCAGGCAACCAGAGCAUGGCUUUGAACACGCUGGAAGGUGGGAAUAAACGGCAUACAGAAAAAAAGUAACAAAAAAAAGAAUGUAAAAAGUCUGUGAUCUAUAGCCAAAGCAAUACAAGGGUUUGAUGACAAAAUAUAGAUUAUGAAUGCACCACCAAACCGGCAGGAAGGCUGAGCACAAAAUUAUGCAGGUAGAAAUCCAACAACACGAUGGAAGGAGGAAUCUGUAACACAACAGAAGUCUACCAAACAUUCAGGUAUGACAUUCGGCAAGCAGUGAGGCUGUAUAAUGCCGCCGUGCAGAGAGCACGAAUGCAAAACUAAACAGGCAGGCGAUCCUUCCAGUACGAAUAAAGUGGCACAGAAGGCUGAGCACUCUGAGAGACCAGUACAGAUCUGAAUUACACUGGACUGCCAGUCAUAUACCAGCUGGGGAUUAAGUCAAAUAACAUUGUGUACAAGGGCAGAAUGGAACACAGGUGUAGGUGCUGUCUUUGUGGAGAUACCAGGUGUCAGGCCCUCUCAUGAUAACUACUCCGGGUGGAGCAAUAGAUAGUGCUGUCCCUAGCACAUCAAAUAAUUAUUUGCGAUGGGUGCACACUGGUCCUUAUUGUUACACAAUUUUCAGGGUGUAUGUUUGAGUCAUUAGAACUGUAAUGAAAUCAAGAGUAAAAGAAAGAAAUGAUCUGCUGAAAACAUUAAGAGACUUGAUUGUAGAUGUGUUAUAAAGAUUCUCUUCCUCUGUUUACUAGGACUCCCUGUUUCCUGUUUCGUGGAAAUUCUACUCUGCUCAGUACAGACUUCCUGUGUAUUUAGACUAUAAUGCUAAAGCCAUAGAUACCCCACGCAUUGGACAUCUGGAGCUCGUCUGGCUCUGUGCGUGGUUUGGUAGAAUGGAUAGACCAGUGUUAGGAAGGAUAUGGGGAGGGAGUUGAUGUGGCAGUUGAAAUGGAAGUUUUGCAAGGUGUGAAUGCAGAGAGGGGAAAGUCAGCUCAGUUUAAGAGGCCCAGUUCAUUCAACACAAGCUAUAAAUUCCUCUUCAUUUACCAAGUGGCUGUUUGAAGGCACAGAUGUCCCAAUGGCCAAGAGAGUAAGAAUCUGAAUCAAGAUGGGGCUAAGUGGGUGUGGGAAUGUGAGUGUAAGUAUAACAUUUAUAAAAAAAUUCCAAUGCUGAAAUGCUCUGCUGCGUGGAACAAAUACUGUACAGAACAUCUGGCAAGUAGUAUAUGAUAAAUUUCUGCAUACUUUUACUGCAAUUUUUAGUUGUGAUUCAGGAUACAGAGAUUUAAUGCAGCUUCACUAUAAACCACAGCAGUAACUGACUCUAUGUAAAUGUUAAGCAUCAUACAUGUGAGCAAUAAACAAUUUAAUUAGAUUAAAUAUAGAGUAUAGACCAUAAACUUAAAUAGUGUGGUUAACCAAAGAUAUCUACUUCAUGAGCAGGUUGUGAGAUUUUUGUGUAAUUAGUGAAAAAAAAUGCUGGACAUCCGCUGAGCGAAGUUUUUUCCCUGGAACUAUCUUUGAUGUAAAAUCACUGAUAAAGGCACCCUGCUAGAAAUUGUUGUCUACAGAUGAAGACAGGAGGAGCAGCCUCCGAUGCCAGUUCUCGUACUUGGUCCACUUUUCAGCACAAUGCCCAUAAUGUUUGAUUUUCCUGUCAUUCAAAUUUCUAUCUCAGAUCUGAACAUACUUAAUUACUCAACAUUGAUAUGUUUCUGAAGUAGGGAACUACAAAGCACAUCCAACGCUAGUGAUGAUAGGCCUAUUCCUCUCAUUCUUUCUUU